AUCGUUAUAAAUCCGAAUGGUUAAACUUCAGAAAAUAGUAACUACAUGUAGUCCAAGGGUUAAAUUAACGGUUGUUCUAUACAACCAGUUAAUGUUAUCUGCUUGAAGUAUUGAUUUUGCUGCGUAAAAAUACUUUAUUUAAAUAUUUGAAAGUUAAGAAUGUUGAAAAUGGCGAAUUUAUUUGUAAAUGUGUUUGUUAUAUGGAUAUUUUGUACAAAUUAUGUUUUGAUGGAAGAACCAGGGAAUCGUGAGGAAACAACUGAUGGUAAAACUCCUGUAUUUUCGCCUGACGAAAGAUACCAGGAUUUAUUUCCCCUGACAAAUGAAAAUUUUACGAAAAAUCUGUUAAGGAACCGAGACCCAUGGAUACUAAUUUUUCAUGAUGGAUCUGUGGAGAAGGAGUGGAAGACUAUGGCAACACAUCUACGUGGUUUAUGCUGGUUUGGACUUGUAGAUGUUACCGCUGAGAAAGAUUUACUUGAUACACUUGAAUAUGAUUCAUCUCGCGACCUUGCGAGAUUUUAUCCAUACGGUGACAGGAAAAUGAAGGAAAGAAACUGGCGCCGAGUAAAUAACCAGAACGAGGCUCGUGUUGCAGUCUUGACAUCACUUCCGGAUAAAACUCAAAGAAUUUCGGGAGAUAGUAUACGUGAUCUCUUGCUUGAAUCUUUCACCUCACUACCCUCAAAGUUUCCAGCUUAUAUUAUAACGGACGAGGACGAAACACCCUCGGUAUUCAAAGCCAUUGCAAAAAGAUUUGAAAAGUAUUUCUUGUUUGGAAGACUCGUUCGCCCUACUAGCGAAGAUUUACAUAGUCUUGGACUAAAAGGCGUGUACAUAAAUCCCCCGGAACUGUUUGUUAUUGUUACCAAGAAUGGAGAAGCUGAUCAGAUUGAGGCUAUCAGAUUUGAAGAAGAAAAAUUUGGAAAAAUGAACUACACAUCUAUUUUACAAUUCUUAUUCGUUAUCAAUGGAAACUUUAGACAUGACCUUCCGGGCAACAAUAUGGCGCAGAAUCAACAGGAAGCGGAAAUGGCAGAUGUCAUACAAAUCGAAGAGAGACGUUUUGAAAUUUUACGUGAUGUAAAAGAACGCUCGAAAGAAAAACCAACUGUUGAGGAAGAUUCAAAUGGUUUUAACAUUAAAAUAAGUAAGCAUGUCGGAUUUAAAGAUGAGUUGUAGAUAAAAAAAAGACAUUUUAUAUACUUAUUGCUGUAAAGAACAACGUUUGUUUGCCCAUUUUUUCCUUUUUUUUAAUGUAACGGAACAAAAUGAUUUUAAGAUGUUACGCAAAAAGGAAUUUCUAAAAUGUGUGUGCAUGUCACAAGAAAGAGCUUAAGGAACUGAAGUUGAAUUGCAGAGAGUACAGCUGGUUGUUUGACAUCGUGCAAUUAAUAAAUGGCUUUGCUUCUUGUAGCCCUCGAAUUACACUUCCCAUGAAACUGAUAAAUAAUCAUUUACUUAUAUACUUGCAAUUUUCUGACAUUCCCAUGAAUAUAUUCAUUUGUUCUAAAUAUACCCAGAAAUACAUUUUCGAGUAUUCAGAAAAUGGUUCUUUAAGGAGCGUGCCAUAAAUUUAGAGCAUAUAUACAUGAAUUGGCAUUAAAAUGUGAAAAAGUGA